CACCGUGGAGAUUGCCCUUCCUUCCAGUCUGUGAAAAAGCCGGGUCCACUUUCCUGAAGGCAAUUUGAGACGCAGGGCUCUAGCUGUUGGGCAGCACUUUAAAAAUUACCCAGAAAUGGGUGUCCAGGGGAAUUCCCAGAGUGGGGGGACCCUGGACUCAGGACACGGGUCCUGGACGUUCCUGGAGCAAGAGCUUCAGCGCUGUCAGUAAAACAGAGGUUGAUUUAGGAAAGCAAGGAGUACAAACUCAAGGAAGAAUGCGGGCCAUCUGGAAAGUGGGACUCGUUUGGAGGUUCCCAACUCUUGAAGGAAACUUGACAACAAGGAAGAUGUCAGAGUUUUCCAUUUAGAGCACCAACUUCAAGUUCUUACCAUGGACAAAUCAGAGAAAACUGAAGUGGUUCUUCUUGCUUGUGGUUCAUUUAAUCCAAUCACCAACAUGCACCUCAGAUUAUUUGAGCUGGCCAAGGAUUACCUGAAUGGAACAGGAAAAUAUAGAGUUAUCAAAGGCAUAAUUUCUCCUGUUGGUGAUGCAUAUAAGAAGAAAGGGCUCAUCCCUGCCCACCACCGAAUCAUCAUGGCAGAACUUGCCACCAAGACUUCCAACUGGGUGGAGGUGGACACGUGGGAAAGUCUUCAGAAGGAGUGGACAGAGACUGUUAAGGUGCUGAGACACCACCAAGAGAAGCUAGAGGCUGGCAACUGUGACCACAGGCAGAACUCACCUGUGGUUGAAAGGUCUGGACGGAAGAGGAAGUGCUUGGAACAAAGACAGGAUUCUAGUCAGAAGAAAUCCCUAGAGCCCAAAACAAAAGGUGUGCCAGAGGUGAAGUUGCUGUGUGGGGCAGAUUUACUAGAGUCCUUCGGUGUGCCCAAUUUGUGGAAGAGUGAGGACAUCUCCCGAAUCGUGGCAGACUAUGGGCUGGUAUGUGUCACUCGGGAUGGAAGUGAUGCUCAGAAAUUCAUCUAUGAGUCUGAUGUGCUGUGGAAACACCAGAGCAACAUUCACCUGGUGAACGAGUGGAUCAACAAUGACAUCUCAUCCACAAAGAUCCGGAGAGCCCUCCGAAGGGGCCAGAGCAUUCGCUACUUGGUACCAGAUCUGGUCCAAGAAUACAUUGAAAAGCAUGAUUUGUACAGCUCUGAGAGCGAAGAUAGGAAUGUUGGGGUUGUCCUGGCUCCUUUGCAGAGAAACACUUCAGAGGCGAAGUCAUAGAAAUGCUACAGCUUGACAGUUUGGAUCACUCUUCUGGAGAUUUUAAACAAUCUGGUGUUGUAACUCAGGAAAGAAAUCUUUAUCUUUCAUAAACAAAAUUUUAAAAAUCUGAUAAAAGUCAGUUGGAAAUUAAAAUAAGAUUUAUUUUUUCUUUUUAUCAGAGUGGUUAAGAUGACUGUUUUUAAUAAGGCCUUAAAAAAAAAAGAAUGUACAAAUCACUUUAUUUUUAAGAGACUAGUAGUUCACUAAAACCUGAAGAAAUAUUAAUGAAACUAAUUCCAAAUAAGUACCACACAAGAGAAAACAAAGUGUGAAAAGCAAAUGUCCACUCCAGAUUCUGAUUCUAGCCGGGUACUGCUUAAGAGGCUGAGGCAGGAGGAUCACUUGAGCCCAGAGUUCAAGACCAACCUGGCAACACAGCCAGAUCCUGACUCAAAAAAAAACAGAAUCAACCCCCACCAAGCCUAACUUUAGUUAUGAAAGGAAUUGACAUUUUAUAUAUGCCUAUUGCAGGGCUCUCCACCAGGAUGGAUAAGGGAAGGAAUUCUUCAUCUUAUUUAAAUUUUUUUUUUUUUAAGUACUGGAAAUUUAACCCAGGAGCCCUCUACCACUGAGCUACACUGCCAGUCCUUUUUUUAUUUUAUUUUUAAAAAUUUUUUUUAGUUGUAGAUUAUCACAAUGUCUUUAUUUUUAUGUGGUGCAUAAAAAUAUUUUUAUGGGUAAGGAUCGAACCCAGGGCCUCAUGCAUUUGAGGCAAGUGCUCUACCUUCGAGCUACAACCCCAGCCCAUAUUUUUGUUUUAUUUUUGAUAGAGGGUCUCUAAAUUGCUGAAGCUGGCCUUGAAUUUGUGAUCUUCCUGCCUCGGCCUCUUGAGUUGCUGAGAUUACAGGCAUAUGCUACUGCGCCAAGCCCCAGAGAGAGCUUCUUAUGGUUUGUUAAAAACUGUUCUACAAUAGAAACAGGAUCAUGGUUAAAUUCCCAACAAAAAUAGAAUAAUUUAUUUUUUUAUAAUUUAUAUUUAUUACCUAUACCACUCCAGAUGAAGGUUUAUAAUUCUUCUUCAGAAAAAAAAAUACUUAUAAUUGUGCAAUUGUUUAGUCAGAUAUGAAGCUACAGUUGGAAAAAAGAAAAUGUUAAAUAAAGUUGACAAAUGUUUACUCUA